CUGAAAUGUAGGGAAUUAACUCUCAGGGGACUGAAGCCUCUUGUAGAAUUGCAUCCAUUGAUUAAUAAUUAGAACCACAGUGCUUUCCUGUGUUGUGCCUUAUUUUCCAGUGGCCAGGAAUGGGGGAAAAUAUUUCUUCAUUGCCUGGGGUUUAGCUGGGACACUUUGAAUUAGGGAGCGUUGGAGCAACCUGCUCUUCUGAUUGAUUGACUGUGAAACCUGCCCAUCUGCUUUCUCAGGGAUUCUCACAGUCAGCAGCUGGCCAAAGGGAACAGGUGGGCUAGGGAACAAGAAGUUGUAGGGGCUCUAAAGAGGCUCAGCUUUCUCAUGUUGCCAGCUAUGAGCAAGAAGCUAUUUUCCCUCAGCUCCCUCCAUUUGCACCCUGUGACAGCAGCAGGUGAAACAAGAGAGGAAGAGACAAGGAAAACCAGUCUACAGUUGAAUAGCUAUUUUCCAAGCUGUUUUCCAUGCUUUGGGUAUGGCAUCUGGGAUCUCAAAACUAGAUAUAGUUUAUAUUUAUUUUCCACAUAUCAGAACCCAUGGUAUGGGGCUAAGUGAUUCCAGUGUUGUAAAAAUGGUGGCACAGGGUUGUGUGAUCUCCUCUAACUUCAGGAGGGGGAGGAGAGAAUCACCAUCAACAUUAGCCCAAGGCUGAUUCCUAUGAGGUGGAGGUCAAACACACCUUCACCCUCCAACCUUUUCACCAAUUCUGAUACCAGCCAUCCCUCCCACAGCAGUCUCUACAUUUCUGCUGGGUUCGAUAAUUCGUUGCAGUGACCAUACAGAACUCAGGGGUGGAUUACCCAGUAAGCAAGUACAGUGGGGAUUGCAGCUGCUGAGCAGGGAUCCCGGAAGGCGCUGCGCACCUGAGCCCCCAGCAUGGCGGGCCUAAAGCGGCAGGCAAGUCAGGUGUGGCCAGAAGAGCAUGGCGAGCAGGAGCACGGGCUGUACAGCCUGCACCGCAUGUUUGACAUCGUGGGCACCCACCUGACACACAGAGAUGUGCGCGUUCUUUCCUUUCUCUUUGUUGAUGUCAUUGACGACCACGAACGUGGCCUCAUCCGAAAUGGACGUGACUUCUUAUUGGCGCUGGAGCGCCAGGGCCGCUGUGAUGAGAGUAACUUUCGCCAGGUGCUGCAGCUGCUGCGCAUCAUCACUCGUCACGACCUGCUGCCCUAUGUCACCCUCAAGAGGAGGCGGCCUGUGUGCCCAGAUCUUGUAGACAAGUACCUGGAGGAGACAUCAAUUCGCUAUGUGACCCCCAGAGCCCUCAGUGAUCCAGAACCGAGGCCUCCCCAGCCCCCCAAAACAGUGCCUCCCCACUAUCCUGUGGUGUGCUGCCCCACUUCGGGCCCCCAGAUGUGUAGCAAACGGCCAGCCCGAGGGAGAGCCACACUUGGGAGCCAGCGAAAACGCCGGAAGUCAGUGACACCAGAUCCCAAGGAAAAGCAGACAUGUGACAUCAGACUGCGGGUUCGGGCUGAAUACUGCCAGCACGAGACUGCUCUGCAGGGCAAUGUCUUCUCUAACAAGCAGGACCCACUUGAGCGCCAGUUUGAGCGCUUUAACCAGGCCAACACGAUCCUCAAAUCCCGGGACCUGGGCUCCAUCAUCUGUGACAUCAAGUUCUCUGAGCUCACCUACCUCGAUGCCUUCUGGCGCGACUACAUCAAUGGUUCAUUACUAGAGGCACUUAAAGGUGUCUUCAUCACAGACUCUCUCAAGCAGGCUGUGGGCCAUGAAGCCAUCAAGCUGCUGGUGAAUGUGGACGAGGAGGACUAUGAGCUGGGCCGACAGAAACUCCUGAGGAACUUGAUGCUGCAAGCAUUGCCCUGACCUUUCCCCCUUCUCACCUCUCUGGGGACUGUUCCCACCACCCACCUCUGGAGCUUACAUACUGUUCUGGGGUUUGCUGUCUACCCUUCCAAUCACAUCCCCUGCCCCCCCCCCUUUUUUUUUCAAAGGAAAAGACGAAAGUGGAAGUGGUAUACCCCACCCCUCCCUGUACCCAUGUGCCUGGGCUUCCCCUUUGUUUCCCUUUUCCACUUACCCCAGUAUGUGUCUCUACAGCCACCUUACCACUGAGCCGUAAGACAAACGUGUAGGGAGAAGCAAAGUCUAUAGAACAUAGUCUUUGUGAGGGAUUGAAGUGAACACUGCUUGUGGGUGUGUUGAGGGGUUAUCAAUCCUUCUGGCUUUAUGAGGGCUCUUAAAUUUUGUCUGAAAAAUGAAAGGGCUGUGAGAAAGGGAGCUAUGUGGAAGGUGGGACUCUGAAGUGUAUUUUGGAAAUUAAUCACCACCCUCUCCCAAAUUAUAGAAUUUUUAAAAAACAA